AUGAGUGCAUUGACAUUCGUUGUACCGGAUAUUGUUCUUGUCAUUUUGUGUCGUCGCCUAGUAAAUUAUGUACAUCAAAUCUCAUCAAGAGUCAAUGGUAAUCACCAAUUACGAAUGUAUCGAGAUUUGACAAUGAUCCGUCGCAUUGUAUUACUCAACUUUCAAUUCGUACUUCUCGGCAUUCCAGCAAUUAUUUUUAUGCUGAUGAAUAUAAUUCGUCCUAAUCUUUUACCUCACUAUUGUAUGCGAGUCUUAAUCAUAAUUGGGAAUGUAACAUUGGACUUUUUGCUUAUUGUUCUCUGCCAGAAUACACCAAGUCUUCAACGAAGUAUUGCUGAUUGUUUCAAUUUAGCACCUGGUUUUCUAAUAAACAAUGCCAAUCGGAUCAGACCAAAUACAGAAGCUCAGCGCUUUUGA